AUGUACUUUUCUAAGCUCCUCCUUGUCGUUGCCGAGAUUACGGCAGUGGCGGCCCUCCCCUCCGCCGUGGCUCUGGAGCCGAGGCAAGACGUCGUGGUUGUCAAAAACGGUAACUUUAAUGAGGUGAUGGGACUGGGUCGUGACCUUAGGAUCAACCUGAUUUAUCCAGCUGGGGCCAACGGUGCCGUCAUGGUCGAGUACCAGCAUGGAAAGGACCGUUCACUACUCACGACCCAGAACCGCGCCCCGCCCCCUGCGCCCGCGGGCUACUUUCCUCUCGAGCCCGUGUCGUACCGCAUGACGAUGGACGGGACCAACGGCGGCAACAACUUUGACUUUUUGAAGAUUGACUACGUUCUAAACCAGGACAAGGUCGGCAAGCUCAACAUCAGAAACGGCAUCUUCGCCAAGCCCGACGGCCAGGGUUCGUUUGUGGUCGCUACCGACGGCCCCCUCGAGUAUGUGAGCAACUCUCAGCGCACAAUGCUCUCGAUGGACCUGGGCAGGAAAGGCAGCUUCGACGGCGAGUGGGGAUUCUUCAUUCCUACUGCUGAUGCUAUUGCUGGCGGGCUUACCACAGCGUAG